CUCUCAUACUCAUUGCUACAAAAAACUCAAUCUUCCUAUUAAUUUUCAAUCUCACGUACUCGGCCACCCAUAGCUUCAAAAAUCACUCUUAAUCUACAUAUGGAAAAUGUUUGCUUUUACUGCUUGCUACUUCUUUUAGUGAGCCUUGGUUGCACCUCAUCCAUUAUUAGUGGCGCCACUGCCACUAGUGCACCCAACACCGCGGUAGACUUCAUCAAAGCCUCCUGCAAAAGUACCCUGCAUCCUGCCCUCUGUGUAACCUGUCUCUCUAGAUAUGCUGCUUCUAUUCGGGAGAGUGAUCACCACCUCGCCCAAGCAGCCAUUUCAGUCAGCCUCAACCACGCCAAGUCAGCAUCCGCUUUCAUUUUGCGCAUCCGUAGUAGUAGUAGUGGUGGAUCAAUGAUAAAGCACAGAGAAUACCAAGCCGUGAAAGACUGUGUGAGCACCAUAGCCAACAGUGUUGCAAGUCUAAGCCGGUCGGUUCAGGAGUUUCAAAAGAUUAUGGCAGAUGGUCAGGAUUUCGAAUGGCACAUGAGCAACGUUGAAACUUGGGUCAGUUCAGCCCUUACCAACCAAAACAUAUGUGGCAGGGGAUUUGCUAAUUCCAUGAUGAAUGGGCAUGUGAAGGAUAUGGUCACCAAGAGGAUGGUCUAUGUUUCACAAGUCACUAGUAAUGCUCUUGCUUUAGUCAACAGGUUUGCUGCAAGGCACAGAAGUUAAUUAAGGCAAUUCAUUCAUUAUGCGGCCAUAACUGUUGUCUAUCAUCAUGUUUAAAACAAAUUAAUAUAAUACUCCUUCAAAGAGGCCUUGGAAUUCUACUGUACUAUAUAUAGAUCGAUAGUUAAUU